AUGAAUCAAAAUAAGCAAAAAAUCGUUUUUGGUAAAAUUUCAACGAAAUCGAUAAAUGCUAAAAAAAUUGACGAGGAAAAUGGCGUUGAAAUCACAUCGGGAUUUGGUACAUUCGGUGAUAACAAAUCAAAAAUCGACGAUAAUGUCGAUGAAGUUAACGAACAAAUCAACAAGGUUAUGGGAUUUACCGAUUUCGGACAAAAAAAAGCUAAAAAAUUUGAUGUUCAAGAAAUGCUUAAAUUGGCUUUAGAUAAUAAAGAUAAUAUAAUACCUCCCAAACCUGAAAAUCAAGAGGAAGAGUCUGAUGAUGAUGAUGAUGAAGGUGAAAUAGGUCCUAGUAUACCUGAAGAAUAUUUGAAACAAAAUUCAGAUUCAGUCACUGACAAUGUCAAAAAAAAAUUAGACUCAAACAAUGCCGACAGCGAGGAAAAAAAUGAGAGUGAUUCAGAUUCUGAAGAUGAAUCCGAAAUAUCUCUUAAGAAAAAAAUCCCAGCAAGCCAUGAGACUAUUAUGGAACAUGGAAAUAAAGCUGUUGUUGCAUUGGCUGCAGAACCAUCCGGUUCUAGGCUUGUGUCUGGAUCGGUUGAUUACCAAGUAUGUUUUUGGGAUUUUGCCGGAAUGGACUCAUCCAUGAGAAGUUUUCGAUCGUUGACACCUUGUGAAAAUCAUCCGAUCAAAGCCAUUAAAUAUUCAUGUACUGGAGAAAUGAUAUUGGUUGUGUCUGGUAUGUCACAGGCCAAAGUUCUCGACAGGGAUGGUUUUGAGGUAGCUGAAUGUGUCAAAGGUGAUCAAUAUUUAAGCGAUAUGGCUCGAACAAAGGGACAUGUUGCUCCAUUGACUUGUGGAUCUUGGCACCCUAAAACUAAGGGUGAAUUUUUAACAUCAGCAGAAGAUGGCACAUGCAGGUUGUGGGAUGUAAAAAAACCCACACAGCAUCUCAGUUUAAUGAAAGUAAAAGCUGCAAAUGGUCUCAAAGCAAUUCCGACUUCUUGCUGUUACAGUCAAGAUGGUAAUUUUAUCGCCUGCGGUUGCGCUGAUGGUUCCAUACAAAUGUGGGACCAUAGAAAACUCUUUGUCAAUACCUCGCAUUUAUUGAGAAAUGCUCAUCAAUCUGGAAAUGCUAUUUCUUGCAUCAAUUUUUCAUAUUCUGGCAAUUUAAUUUCCACUAGAUCUAAUGACGAAACAUUAAAACUGUGGGAUUUCAGAUCGUUUAAGAAACCGUUGAGAGAAGUUUCCAACUUGUACUCUAGAUACGAUAGCACCAAUUGUGUUUUCAGCCCAGACGACUCGUUAGUAUUAACUGGAGAAUCUGUUAGAAAAAAUUGUUCCGUUGGUAAAUUACAUUUUUUCGAAACGAAUACAUUUGAUAAAGUGAUUGAAAUAGAUGUUGCCAAUUCUCACGUUGUAAAUACUCUAUGGCAUCCAAAACUCAAUCAAAUAUUUGUCGGGUGCGGUAACGGUACGAUUAAAGUGUAUUUCAGCAACGAUAAAAGUGUCAGGGGUGCCAAAUUGUGCGCAUUUAAAACGAAAAGAAAAGUUAAACAAAUCGAAGUUGUACCCACUCAGCAAAUUAUUUCCCCACACGUUUUACCAUUGUACAGAACGGAAAAGCAUAGGACGACGAAGAAAAAAUUAGAAAAAGACAGAUUGGAUCCCGUCAAAUCGAGACGACCCGAUUUACCCAUUUCUCAAGGUUCUGGAGGUCGAGUGGCAUCUUCGGGCGGCACGCUGAGCUCGUACGUCAUAAGAAACUUGGGUUUGAGUAAAAGAAUCAACGACGAACAAGAUCCUCGUGAAGCCAUAUUGAAAUACGCCAAGGAGGCCGCGGAAAAUCCGUAUUGGGUCACGCCUGCAUACAAACACACUCAACCGAAAACAAUUUUCCAAGAAAAAAUCGGAAAUGAAACCGACGACGGCGGUCCCCCUACGAAACAAAUGAAACUGUAA